GGUGAGGCUGCGCCGGCCCGGGGUCCGCGGCCCCCGCCGCCGGGGACCCGCCCCCGGCCGCCACUUCCGCGUGCAUGGCCCUGCUGCCCCGGGCCGUGAGCGCGCGCGCGGGACCCGGCCGGCUGUGUGUGGCGCGCGCCGCCUCCCUCCUCCCGCCGCCUUUAAGCGGCCCCGCCGGGGCCCUGCGCGCCCUCAGCCGCGCCAUGGCGUGCGCACGGGAGCAGCGCCCGCCGCCGGCCGGCGUGACCGCAUACGACUACCUGGUGAUCGGGGGCGGCUCGGGCGGGCUGGCGAGCGCCCGGAGGGCGGCCGAGCUCGGCGCCAGGGCCGCCGUGGUGGAGAGCCACAAGCUGGGCGGCACUUGCGUGAAUGUCGGAUGUGUACCCAAAAAGGUGAUGUGGAACACGGCCAUGCACUCCGAGUUCAUGCACGAUCACGUUGACUAUGGCUUUCAGAGCUGUGAGGGUAAAUUCAACUGGCGUGUUAUAAAGGAAAAACGGGACGCCUACGUGAGUCGCCUGAAUACCAUCUAUCAGAACAACCUGACCAAGUCCCAUAUAGAUAUCAUCCAUGGCUACGCAGCCUUCACCAGUGAUCCAGAACCCACGGUAGAGGUCAAUGGAAACAAAUACACUGCUCCUCACAUCCUGAUUGCCACGGGCGGUGUGCCCUCACGUCCUCACGAGAGCCAGAUCCCUGGCGCCAGUCUCGGAAUAACCAGUGAUGGGUUUUUCGAGUUGGAAGAGCUGCCCAGGCGGAGCGUCGUCGUUGGAGCAGGCUACAUCGCUGUGGAGAUAGCAGGGAUCUUCUCGGCCCUGGGUUCUAAGACGUCGCUGAUGAUACGGCACGAUAAGGUGCUUAGAAACUUUGACUCACUGAUCAGUUCCAACUGCACGGAGGAGCUGGAGAACUCGGGCGUAGAGGUGCUGAAGCACUCCCAGGUUAAGGAAGUUAAACAGACUUCAUCGGGCUUGGAAGUCUGCAUGGUCACUGCGGCUCCUGGUAGGAAACCCACCUUCACCACAAUUCCAAAUGUUGACUGCCUGCUCUGGGCCAUCGGGCGGGACCCAAAUUCCAGCGGCCUGAAUUUGAACAAUGUGGGAAUCAAAACUGAUGACAAAGGGCACGUUGUAGUCGAUGAGUUCCAGAAUACCAACGUAAAAGGCAUCUACGCAGUCGGGGAUGUGUGUGGGAAAGCUCUUCUUACGCCAGUUGCAAUAGCUGCUGGCCGCAAACUUGCCCACAGACUUUUUGAAUGUAAAAAAGAUUCCAAGUUAGACUACGACAACAUCCCCACCGUGGUCUUCAGCCACCCUCCUAUUGGGACAGUGGGACUCACGGAAGAUGAAGCCAUUUAUAAAUACGGAAAAGAAAACGUGAAGACCUACUCAACCUCCUUUACCCCGAUGUAUCAUGCGGUUACCACCAGGAAAACAAAAUGCGUGAUGAAGAUGGUGUGUGCCAACCGAGAGGAGAAGGUGGUUGGGAUCCACAUGCAGGGAAUCGGGUGUGAUGAAAUGCUGCAGGGCUUUGCCGUUGCGGUCAAAAUGGGAGCAACAAAGGCGGACUUUGACAACACGGUGGCCAUUCACCCUACCUCUGCAGAAGAGCUGGUCACCCUGCGCUGAGCAGCCAGAGACGGGGGUGGCCAGUGGCCAGACCCGUGGGCCUUCCGCAAGGAACCAAAUCAUCACGUUUACUGACUCUUCCCGUUUGGUGUAUGUCUUUGUUUUUAAUCAGCAUCCUCUGAUAGUGGAAUUUUUUUUUUUUUUUUUUUUUUUUUUUUUUGUUAAGCAGUAGAAUCUAUUUAUGUAAUCAGAAAUGUAUUGUGUUAUCCAGGAUUGGUUUUCAUGUGAUCAUAUCUCACAGUCAUUAACAGUUUCACGUUUUUAUUGAUAGCCCUGUGCUGGAUUGUUGUUUUGUUUUGUUUUGUUUCAGCCUCUUCCCAGGUUUAAAAACUAUAUGAAGUACAAUCAAUUGAAUGUUCUUGAAUGAAUAUAACUUGCUAAUUUUCUAGGGGGAGAUGAUUCCACUUCCUGUGUAAGUAAUGCAAGCGCACAGAAUCUUUGUAUAAUUUUGAAGCCAGUACUGUGUUCUGCAUAUUGCAAGGCUGCUUCCGGGGUGUGACCUCUCUAAAAGCACAUAACACGAGGGCUACCACCCUUAUUUUAUUCUUCCUUUUGUUUUACGUGAUUAAAAUGGUGUGUAUUCUUUUUAGGAGAUGAAGUGCAUCAAACCUGGGAAAGAUUUAAGGAGCUGGUUAUACAUAUGGGGGGUGUUUUAGAAGUGGUUCUUGUUCUCAGAAGGUGGUGGAUUCAAAAAUCCUUUUCUCUGCUAAGAGUUCAGAAUGAGUAAUUGCAGUAUUUUUAUGUAUCCUUGUUGUUCUAUUCUUCUCUGAAAAUGAUUCCAAACAUUUGCAAAUAAAAUCACAGCCUUUUCUUCCUAUAAAA